AAUCGAAUGGUGGAUGUUGCAAUAAUCGCAGACAUUUCAGAGAGUAUAAAUGAUACACCAAACAACAUUUUUUACCUCCUUGAUUUUAUAAGAAAUAUAAUAAACAGUUCAUCUGUUGAUUCAGGAGAUGUGAGGUUUGCAUUGUCUCUCUAUAGUCACGUUGUCUAUAACUACUUCCAUUUCAACACUCAUACAACUGUCGCUCAGAUGAUCGCAGAUAUCAACACAACACCAUUACCAAACUAUGGUGGCACGAACACCGGUGACGCACUUCAGCAUUUGCAUAGUCAAGUAUUCCAAACAUCUAUGGGUGAUCGUGGUGCUGCACCAAAUAUAGCCAUCGUUAUAACAGACGGAAAAUCGUCGGACAAUGCCCAUACAGUCGAACAAGCAAACAUUCUAAAGAAUCAAGGUGUCCAUAUCAUUGUAAUUGGUAUUGGAAACAAUAUAGAUACUGUAGAACUUCAUCAGGUAGCAUCGGAUCCAACGUUUGAGAAUAUCUUUAAUGUCUACGAUUUUUACGAACUGUUCACCAUUCAAAAUGUCAUCGAAGAAAAGUUUAUAGAGGAAUGCACAGAAUUUCCUGACACACCUUAUUGUGGGUAUCAUCAAUACAACCCGUUCGAGUAUGCUUGUUGCGAUGGUCAUUUGGUAGCAAUAACAGAUCCAACAAAACAUCAAUGCUGUGGUUAUGGAGCUUAUGCAACAUUGUACAAUUCUGUCAAUCAAGUUUGUUGCAACGGACAAGCUAUAGAUAUAACACUCCAAGGUGCAAAUAUGUGCUGUGGAAGCAGUCUUUACAAUCCAUAUACAGGAAAGUGUUGUGGUGGAACAGUUGUUAGCAAUAACAUGGAAUGUUGUGGUGAUACAUUUGCUUUCAAUAGCGCCAUACAAAUAUGCUGUAAUGGGUCGGUCCAACCGAUACAUGGACUUGGGACAACAGCAUGCUGUGGAACUCAGAGUUAUGACACUCGAUGUGAUCAAUGUUACUAUGGCGUAGUAGGUCUUCGUUAUGAUGAAAAAACAGAGCUAUGUUGUGAUGGUGUCAUUAGUCCAAAAUUGUACCCGUAUUCUUGUUGCUGUGGCAGCAAUGUGAUAGAUGCUUCUGUUGCAACAUGCUGCAAUGGGGUGCCGGAACCAAGACCUGCCUGGGAUAAUUCAAUCUGCUGUCACUGUAUCAAUCAGAAGGUUGAUCUGGCAAUCGUAGCAGAUAUGUCUGAGAGUGUAAAUGAUGCUACAAACAAAGGUCAGGUCGUUAUUGACUUUAUCAUCAAUAUUAUUAACAACAGCGAUAUUGAUACCAAUAAUGUACAUGUCGCUGUAUCAAUAUUUACGCAUAACAUCCAGAAUCUGUUCUUCUUCAAUUCAUACUCCACACGACAAGAUAUGAUAAAUGACAUACAAGCUACACAAAUUUAUUUUGGAGGAACAAACACUGGUGGAGCACUUCAGAAUUUACAUUCACAAGUUUUUACUCCUGUGAGAGGUGAUCGUGCAGACGCACCAGAUAUAGCAAUAGUGGUAACUGACGGCAAAUCUAACAACGAAACUGAUACAAUGCUACAAGCUGCUGAAGUCAAAGCAAGAGGAAUACACGUAAUUGGUGUUGGAAUCGGUCUUACAGAUAUAUCUGAACUUAAUGUUAUAGCUUCCCCUCCAAGUCACCUAAAUGUUUUUAACGUGGAUGACUUUUUCCAAUUAAAUUCAAUCAUAGGAGAUAUCGAGGCAAUGUUCGUCGAAAAUUGUACAGAUACGCCGGACUUGUUAUAUUGCGGGGUCAUGCAAUACGACCCACAUGCCCAUGUUUGCUGUGGUGGUACUUUAUUAAUCGUUACAAACCAAAACGCAAGAAGUUGUUGUGGCGCUCAUCUUUUCGAUGAUUCCGCUGCUGUCUGUUGCAAUGGGAACGUAGUUCCAAUUCUUUAUGCUGGACAGACUUCAUGUUGUGGAAGUGUUUCUUUAUUCAAUCCAUUGAUGGAAAAAUGUUGCGAUGGAAAUGUUAUAAGUAUAUCAAUGGAAUGUUGUGGGUCCGGGUUGUACUUUGAUAACAUCACCCAGAUAUGCUGCGAGGGUACAGUGCAACCAAUGCAUGAUAUAGGAACCACUGCAUGUUGUGGAACGCAUAGUUACGAUACUCAUUGUAACAGGUGUUCACAAAGAAGCGUAAUACUUGGAUAUGAUGAAGAAACUGAAUUGUGUUGUAAUGGUGUAAUUCAGCAAAGACUCUACACAUAUUCUUGUUGUUGCGGACAUACUGUUAUAGAUGCUUCUGUGAAUACUUGCUGCGAGGGUUCAAUUAUUGAAAGGCCUCCUUGGGACAGUAGUCGUUGUUGCCAUUGUACUAGCCAAAAGAUAGAUGUUGCCUUUGUUGUGGACUUUUCUGAAAGUGUACAUGACUAUUCAUCUGAUGUCAUUAUUUUGAUAGAUUUCAUAAAAAAUCUUAUAAAUAUGGCUGACGUAGACACAAAUAAUGUACGUGUUGCAUUAUCUGUCUACACACACGAAGUUUUAAAUUACUUCUUUUUAAAUACAUAUCAAACAAGGGCACAGAUGAUAGACUAUAUUCAAUCAGCAUCAUUUCCACAAGGAGGAACCAACACAGGAGCAGCUCUUGAAAAUCUGUACACGACUGUUUUUAAAACAAAUAAAGGAGAUCGUUUGGAUGUACCAAAUAUUGCUGUAAUUAUCACUGAUGGUAAAUCUAACAAUAAUACAGAUACUGUCAUUCAAUCAACCAUUCUUAAAGCGAGCGGCGUGCACGUAAUUGUUAUUGGAAUUGCUUUGACGGAUACAAACGAGCUUCAUCAGAUGGCAUCUGAACCUACAUCUGAAAAUGUAUUUAGUGUUGACGACUUCAGUGAGCUGUUUUCUAUCGAAGAUGUCAUCAAGAAUAAAUUCAUAGAAGAUUGUACAGAUACUCCAGAAAUGUUGAUGUGCGGAAAUACAAAGUAUGAUCCACAUGCUUAUGUUUGCUGUGAAGAGGAACUAGUUAUUAUAACAAGUCCGAACGCACGAACGUGCUGUGGUACGACCGGCCUUUAUGACGAAAUGUAUGCCGUUUGCUGCAGUGGUAACAUUAUCCAGAUAACUGCAGCAGGAAAAACAUCAUGCUGUGGAGAAACCAUACUCUAUAAUCCGUCGACCGAAACAUGCUGUGAUGGAAUUGUUCAGUCAAAUUCAGUUACAUGCUGUAGUAAUGAAAAAGUUGAUGUUGCUAUAGUGGCAGAUUCUUCUGAAAGUAUUGUAAUGUCGGACUACCAUUUCGAAAUGCUAUGGACACUGACAGAGAACAUUGUCAUGCAAGCUGAUGUAGAAUCUGAAAACGUUCGUAUUGCUUUAACUGUUUAUACUCAUAAAGUUUUUAAUGAGUUUUCGCUUCACAAGUACAAAACGCGUAACGAGAUGAUUGAGCACAUUAAUAACUUACCUACUCGUUCAGGAUCAACAAAUACAGGUGGAGCACUUGAAAACCUUUACACUAAUGUGUUCAAAACAUCGUCAGGAGAUAGAAAAAAUGUACAAAACGUUGCUAUUGUUAUCACUGAUGGUCAAUCCAUUAACGCAACUUACACAGCCGAUCAAGCAAACAAAGCAAAAUUAUCCGGAAUAAAUAUAAUUGCAGUCGGGAUUGAUGUAUCGGAAACAACAGAAUUGUAUGAAAUGGCAUCAUCACCAAAGGAAGAAAAUGUAUUCGUUGUUAACGACCAUAAUGAUUUAUCUGAUGUUGUCAGCGCCAUUAAAUCAAAAUUCUUCAGUCAGUGUAAACAAGGUAAAUAUAAGAACAAAUGGAAAAAAUAUUUAAUUUAA